AUGUGAAAUAAAAUUCAUACCCCUUUGAAUCAGAAUAAAAACAAAAAUUUAAAAUGUUUAAGUUUGUGCGAAAGUCAGCUAAUUUUCCUUUUCAAAUUUGUCUCAUGAACGAUAUAAGAUGUUUGACAAAUUUAAAUGCUCAUCGUUUUGCAUCGACAGCUGCCGAAAAAGGAAAAUUCAGCAUAAAAGACGAAAUUUCAGAUGGAAGACCAUUGUACCUCGAUGCACAAGCAACAACACCUUUAGAUCCUAGAGUGUUGGAUCGAAUGAUGCCAUUUAUGACAAAUUGCUAUGGAAAUCCUCACUCGAGAACACAUUAUUAUGGUUGGGAAACAGAAAAAGCAGUUGAAGACGCUAGAGCACAAGUUGCACAUCUUAUCGGAGCUGAUCCAAAGGAAAUUAUUUUCACAAGUGGUGCCACUGAAUCAAACAACAUCGCAGUCAAAGCAAUUUAUGUUCGACGUCGUCCACGUGUUAGAAUUGAAGCCUUGCAAAGUGGUGGUGGACAGGAGCGUGGAUUGAGAUCAGGAACAUUGCCAGCUCCUUUGGUUGUUGGACUUGGUGCAGCUUGUGAUAUUGCAAGCAAAGAAAUGGAUUAUGAUCACAAAUGGAUGGAAUUCUUAUCACAGAGGCUUAUAAAGCGAAUCUUUGAAGAACUUCCAAAUGUUAUUAGAAAUGGUGAUCCAGUAGAAACUUAUCCUGGUUGCGUUAAUCUUUCUUUUGCUUUCGUUGAGGGUGAAUCACUUUUAAUGGCACUUAAAGAUGUUGCUUUGUCAAGUGGAUCAGCUUGCACUUCAGCGUCAUUGGAACCUUCUUAUGUAUUGCGUGCCAUUGGAACUGACGAAGAUUUAGCUCACAGUUCUAUUCGUUUUGGCAUUGGAAGAUUUACAACUAUUGAAGAAGUUGAUUAUACAGUCGAUAAAUGUAUCAAGCAUGUCACAAGAUUACGUGAAAUGUCACCUUUAUGGGAAAUGGUUCAAGAAGGCAUCGACAUCAAGGAAAUUAAUUGGAGUCAACAUUAA